ACUGCAAAUGCCCUGAUGCAUCCGUCGCCGUAUGGUCUCAGUGGUCCGGGCUUGAACGGCCCUCAUCUGGACUAUUUAGGAUGGUUGCCGAUGGAUCGUACGGUUUAUUUUGGAAGAGAUGGCAGGAACAAUUAUACACUUCGUUUCUCGUCAAUGAGCGUGCCUCAUAAACGUACGAUGGGUUGGCUACUCGCACUAAUCCCGUAUGAUCGCGAUGAUCCAGCUAAUGUUUAUACGGUUGAAUUUAGAACACCGACUAAUUUCGAUUCUGGUUUGAAGCAGGCUGCUGUUGUUAUCCAUCGAAUCCAACGAGUUGGCUCCAGUUACUAUUCAAUGAUAGUGACACAUUCGCAUGAAUACUAUGAAUUGUUGGAAGGCACCGAAUGGGUGAAUUUCCUGGGUUUCGAUAGCGAGAACAAAUAUCAGUAUAUUAGAAUCCGAGUGGAACGAAUCAAUCGCAGGGCGCAUUAUGCGGAUGUGCGGAUUAUCUCUACUUUUAAUCCGGUGGCUUGUCGAAGUUUCGAGCAAAAGAAACUGCUUGGCGAUCAAGAACAGCGAUCGCCAGAUCUAGACGUUCAAUACAUAUGUGUACCCCGUUCGCAUUCAAACGAAGAUGACUUCCUUAUGCAAAAGCAACGGAAACGAAACAGGUUUUAUGAAGACCUUCAAACGUACGGAAUGAACGCUUGUGCGGACAGUAAAGUUUGGAGAGCAAUCGAUCAGUAUGACUAUGUUUGUGUGGAUCAACAAAGAGUGUCAACGAUACAAGAGGAUAACGAACUCGAUGAAUUUCGACGAACCACUGACAACGACUGUAUGAGUCCAUUUGUUAGUCGAGGCGCUUUCAUUGGUGACGAAGUUUGUGUAUCAGAAGAAGAACGCCAGCAAAUAAAGUUAGAAAAUGCCAUGCAACAUUCUGCUAUGCGUUAUUAUGCGUUUUUCAAUGGUCAAGAUAGUGUGGGCGCUUAA